AUGGCAAAUCCAGCUUCAACUUCUGAGACCAUGGCUACUAAUUACGAUGUCUUUCUGAGUUUCAGGGGCGAAGACACACGUCAUGGAUUCACAGGUCAUCUCUAUGAUGCUCUCCGCCGCAGCGGAGUCAACACCUUCAUCGAUGAUGAGAAUCUCAGAACAGGAGAAACAAUUCGACCUCAACUCCUUCAAUCCAUCGAAGCCUCAAAGAUCUCCAUUGUUGUUUUCUCAACAAACUAUGCAGCUUCAACAUGGUGCCUUGAUGAACUCGUCCAGAUCCUGCGGUGUCACAGGGAAAGGAACCAGCUUGUGUUUCCAGUCUUCUACAAAAUAGAGCCUUCACAUGUACGGUAUCAGAAGGAAACUUACAAGAAAGCCAUGGAUGCUCAUGAAAUCAAGUUUGGUUGUCACUCUCAGAAGGUGAAAGAAUGGAAGGAAGCUUUGAACAAAACAUCCAACAGGAAAGGCUUUCAUUUGAAACAUGGGUAUGAAUUCGAGUUUAUUCAAAAAAUUGUGAAAAAGGCAUUGACUUGUAUACCUCCAAGACAAUUACUUAUUGGGGAUCAUAUGGUUGGAUUGCAAACUCGAGUUGUAGAAGCGGAGUCAGAUCUAUAUUCUUGGGACAGGGUAUUAUCCAAUGGCGAAUCACACAAAAGAAAGCCCUACAACAACAAUACCAUGUUGGGGAUUGUUGGAAUUGGUGGGAGUGGAAAGACGACGCUUGCCAAAGCCUUGUAUAACUCCAUCUGCCACCGGUUUGAAUGUGCUUGUUUCCUUCUCAAUGUUAGAAAAAUUUCAGAUCAAGAAGAGGGCCUAGUACGUCUACAGCAAACGCUCCUCUCAAAGUUGCUUGGGGAGGGGGAAAUCAAGGUCCGCAGUGUCGAGGAAGGAAUCAGUAUGAUCAAAGAGAAACUUAGCAAAAAAAGAGCUCUUAUUGUUCUUGAUGAUGUCGAUAAGAUAGAACAAUUAAAAGCAUUGGCAGGAGAAUGUGAUUGGUUUAGUGACAAGACUCGAAUUAUUAUAACAACAAGGGAUAAAUAUCUUCUAACAGCUCAUGAAGUCGAAAAGAUUUACGAGACGAAAUUGCUAAGUGACCCUGAAUCUCUAGAGCUCUUCUGUUGGAACGCCUUCAAAAUGACAAGGCCCAAAGCAAACUAUGAAGACCUAUCCAAUCAAGCAAUACAUUAUGCCCAGGGCCUCCCAUUAGCCUUAAAGGUUAUAGGCUCUAAUUUGAUUAAUAAAAAUUUAGAAGAGUGGAAGUCUGCUUUGGACAAAUAUGAGAAGAAUCCUCCUAAAGACAUUCAAAGUGUUCUUAGAGUGAGCUAUGAUAGUCUUGAAGGCAAUGAAAAGGAUAUUUUUCUUGACAUAGCAUGCUUCUUCAAUGGGAAGAAAUGGGAAAAUGUAAAAAAUGUAUUACAUGGAUGUGGUAUGUUUACAGAAGAUGGUAUUAGAAUACUUGUUGAUAAAUCUCUCUUAACUAUCAACGAUGGUUACUUGAGGAUGCAUGAUCUAAUACAGAAUAUGGGUAGAGAGAUUGUGAAGCAGGAGGCACCAAGAGGAGUUAGUGACCGCAGCAGAUUAUGGUUUCAUGAAGAUGUUCUUGAACUACUACCCAAUGAUAAAGAAAAUAAAAAAAUUGAAGGAAUAAAGCUUGUUCAAUGUGAAGAACAUGAUUGGACUGACACUGCCCUUGAAAAGAUGAAGAAACUUAGAAUUCUCAUUCUUCGGAACACAAACCUUUCAUGUCGAACUAUUCUUCUACCUGAGCAAUUAAGGCUGCUUGAUUGGAAGGGGUAUCCUUCAAAAUCUAUUCCGUCGAACUUAAAAAAAAUUGUUGCCUUCAGUUUACGUCAUAGUCCUCUCACGUUGGAAAACUCGUUUCAGAACUUUGAGCAUUUGACUUACAUGAAUUUCUCCCAUUGUGAAUCCAUCACUCAUUUUCCUAAUGUAUCUAAAGCCCAAUGUUUAAGAAAGUUGAUACUCAAUGGAUGCAUAAACUUGGUUAGUUUUGAUGAAUCAGUCGGAUUUCUCCCAAACCUUACAUAUUUGAGAGCUUCAAAGUGCACUAAGUUAAGAAAGUUUCUUUCAAGAAUUUGUCUGCCUUCACUAGAGCACCUUUCCUUUAACUGGUGUACAAGACUUGGACUCUUCCCACACAUAGUGGAAAAGAUGGAUAAGCCAUUAAAGAUUUGUUUGAAAGCUACUGCUAUUCAAGAGAUUCCGGAUUCCUUUGUUGAUCUUGUAGGACUUCACUAUUUAGAUUUGACAAGUUGCGAGAAACUUGGUUAUCUUCCAAGCUGCUUAUUUAUGCUGCCAAAUCUGGUCACAUUGAAAGUUGGAGGAUGCCCUCAACUUGGUGGAUCAUUUGCAAGAUUCAGAGGAAGCCUUUCAACUACUGCAGAGAGCCGUCCAAGUUUAGAAACUCUGCAUUUCAGCCAUGCAAGUUUACGUGACAAAGAUCUUCAAGAAAUUAUGCAGAGUUUUCCAAACUUGGAAGUCUUAAAUGUUUCAUCAAACAACUUUGUGUCUAUUCCAGCAUGCGUUCAAGAAUCGUCCUACUUGACAAGUUUGGAUUUGAGUUGCUGCCUAAAGCUUCAAGAAAUUCCAGAAUUUCCCUCUAGUGUUAGGAAAGUGGAUGUGAGACACUGCAAUUCCUUAAGUGCAAACACAACAAGUAUGCUAUGGUCACAGGUGUCCAGAGAGAUAAAUAAAUUACAAGUUGUGAUGCCAACUUCCAAUACAAAGAUUCCAGAAUGGUGGGACGAUUGUACAAGUUGGAAGUACCGUCGACAGGACCUGAAUUUCGAGGCAUGUGGCAAGUUCCCAGUUGUGGCUUUGGCGUUUGUGUUUGGAGAAAUGAACUAUGAAUCUGUUGGGCUGCACUUGUCCAUUGAGUCUGGGGAUGUAAACUCUGCAUACCAACCAUCGCAUAAUUUCACAGUUGCGGAAAAUCAUGUGUUGUUGUGCGACCUACGACUAUGGUUCAGUGAUGAGGAGUGGAAGAGACUUGAUGCACAUGUUGAGCAUGGUAACACAUGGAAGAAAGUGAAGGUGAGGUGUGUACCAGACAUCAUCCCAGUUCAUUGGGGAGUGUAUGUUUACAAGAAAGAAACAAGCAUGAAAGAUAUCCAAUUUCAGAAGCUGCAAUUCCGUCCAUGUAGUAAAAAGAUAUCCAAUUGGGAGAAGAGAUUAUCUUCUGCUGAGGAACUUGCCAUUGCUAGCUUCUCAGAAAACCUCAAAACUGUGGUAAAAAAUUUGAAGCGGCUUAUGGCUCCAAGAGAAGAAGAGCAAAGCUUUUGCUUAAUGCAACAGGAUGAGGAUGAGGAAGAGGAAGAGGAAGGAGAGUCAGACAUGGAAGCAUAGAGGCAGCUAAGGUUCCCCAUAGAAAACAUGUAAUGAGUUGACAUUUGACAAGGUUAUAGGUGACCAAUUCUCACUGUACUUGGUCAGUUUAAUUUUGUGCAAAUAAUUUGUCGUCAUAAAUUAGCUUUUAUUCUUCACGUUGGGUUAUUAAUUUGCAUUUUCUCUGAGAACUAUAUAUGCAGCUCCAAAGUGGUAUCUAGAUGAAGGUGCCAAGAUCCUCGAGUGUCAGAAGGAAAAGGGCCAGCUUGUGUUUCCCAUAUUCUUCUACAAAAUAGAGCCAUCGGAUGUACGACAUCAGAGAAAUAGUUAUAAACUUGGCAUGGCUGUUACUCUGACAAGUGCAGAUGUGUUACAUAAAUAGAUUAAAUGAACCAAUGUGUAUUAGAGACACUGAGAAGCAUAUAUAGAUUCUCCACUGAAAAGAAGAAAGCUGGCAUGCUCUGGUUACUAUUAUCAGCCAGCUAUGGCUUCAUGAUGAUGAACUGUUAUGAGAAGAAUAAGAGAGUGACCGAUUCUCUUACUUCUCCAUAAGCUAACCAGCCAGUCAGUGCAAAUAGCCACCACUCCAGCAAUUAAUUUUUAGAUUUAUUCAAAAUUUUCUUUCUACAUUUUGAAUUUUUUUAUGAAAAAGU